AUGCCUCGCAAGAAGCAAAAGAGUGGUCCUCCACCACGCUCCCACCGCCCUAGCGGUCCAGCCAAGCCUGGUCCUGGCCCAGCAUCGCAGGGCAAGAAUAAGAGUUCUAAGCCCGGUAUUGCCGCUGGUAGAGCUGAGGCUGGAGCUGGUAAAGAGGGCAUUCAGAAUAAGCAAUCGCUGCAGGCGAAUCAGAGGCCGAUUGUGCCGUUUUUGAAGGGAGACCGCAUUUUGUUGAUUGGGGAGGGCGACUUCUCUUUCGCCCGCUCUCUAGCAAAGCAAUACAAAUGCCGCAAACUAUGCGCUACAUGCUACGACUCGCAAGAGACACUCUUCAGCAAAUAUCCACAAGCCGAGCAGCAUAUCCAAGAGAUUUUAGACUCUUCAAAGCCAAAGUCUAAGUCUAAUGCUGUAGAUACAGAGGAAGACAAGACCUCUGAAUCCAAUGCCCAACCCGCCACAUCAACAUCAACAUCCUCAACAACAACAACAGUCACCCAAAAGUCAACUCCAAAAGUCCUCUUCUCCGUCGACGCCCGCAAACUCGGUACCCCAGCAGGUGGCGGCAAAGAAAUUCGUACCGGCUUUCCUCGCAAGGAGCCGAAAAUCCCGGCCUGGAAGCUCCACCAGCAAUCUCAAUCGCAAUCUCAAGCGUCUAGCCCAGCGUCGCAGCCUAGCGGACCAUGGGACGUGAUCUGUUUCAACUUCCCACACGUGGGUGGACUCUCGACAGAUGUUAAUCGACAGGUGCGCGCGAAUCAGGAACUACUGGUGGCGUUUUUCAAGGCCUGUGUGCCCCUACUUUCUGCGGCACCGGUGCCUGUGGAUGAAGAUGAUGAGGAGUGGGAGGACGACGAUGAUGAAGAUUCCGAGGAUUCGGAGGAUGGAGAAGAAGACGGCGACAACGAUGCCCAGACUUCAGGCAAAGCCGUCCGCACUGGUCCCGGUCAAAUCCUCGUCUCGCUAUUUGAGGGUGAACCGUAUACACUCUGGAAUAUCAAGGACUUGGCCCGUCACGCAGGACUACAGGUUGUUACGAGCUUUAAGUUCCCCUGGGCUGAGUAUGAGGGAUACUCGCAUGCCAGGACGCUGGGUGAGGUUGAAGGGAAAGAUGGUGGGCGAGGCGGAUGGCGUGGGGAGGAUAGAUUGGCUAGGAUGUAUGUUUUCGAGCUUAAGCGGGAAGAACCAAGUGGGAAGAAGAAGGGGAAGAGGGCUAGAGAUGCGGAUAGUGAUAGCGAGUGA